ACUUCCGUGAUGUCCUUGAACGCAGCACGGUCUUCCAGGGAGUGGCCCCUGCACCUGUCCGACCUGUUCUGGGGGACAUAUGACGCCUGAGGAAUUUCUCUCGCUGUCCCGGUCCUUUGUUUAACGGGCUCUUUUUAGUGGGAGACGAGAGGGCGAGAGAGAGAGAGGGAAAGAGAAAAGGGGGGAAGACAGAAACAGGAGAGAUGUCGGAACCAGCCGCCAACCCCGCUGUCAACCCCGCUGCCACCUCGUUUCCAACGGCAACUAUUACUUUACCUUUGGGACUGGGCGUGUUGAGGACUUAUUCCGGAGCCCUCCUCUGUUUAGAAAUAUUAUUUGGUGGUCUAGUAUGGAUCCUGGUGGCUUCGUCCAAUGUGCCGGUGCCCCUGCUGCAGGGCUGGGUGAUGUUUGUCUCUGUAACCACCUUCGUCUUCUCCUCCGCCUACCUCGCUCUCCUCAUCACUGGUUUGGCUGACCGCAUCAAUACGGACUGGAACUUCUUGGAUCUUUUUUACCAUUUCAUCGCUGUCCUCUUCUACUUUGCCGCCUUUGUGUUGGAGGCAGCAACAACAGCAGCUGUCAAGAUUCAAACAAACCAAACUGCAUGCAUAACGAAACCUCCCAGCAAUAUUUUGACAUUCCUGAAUAGCAGGCAGUACAGUAUUAAUGUGGUAGCCACGAUAUUUGCCUUUGUGGUGACACUAUGCUAUGGCUGCAGUAUGGUGAUGGGCUUCAAGAGGUGGAGGAAGUAACCGCGAAAAUGGACAAGACUUGAUUUUCCAACUUCCUGCUUCAUAACUUUGACGUGUAUUAAAACAUGAGCCACAUCGUGCAGUGCUCCUUAGCGAGCUCUGCUACUGAGUUCAGCAAAGCGCACACUGUUAUUUCCUAUUACGACGCUCUUGUCAGAAAGUGAUCACCACAUCAAAGCUACAGUGGAAAAAUAUAGAUGACGGAAUUCUCAGCCUCAGACAAAACAUCUGGCAAGAUGUCUGGAUGUUAAUGCUCCUGCAGUAAUUCAUUUUGAGAUAUUGAAAUCAUGAGAUUUACAUAAAUUCACACAGGGCUGAUAAAGGUAUUUUGAGGACAGGGUUAAAGAACAGUACUUAUAGGUCUCGUAAUCAGCAUAUAGAUUUGAUUUAUUAACCAAGAGUUUUGCAACUUUUAAUGCUAAUCACUCAAAAUGGAUAUGGGAAGAUAAGGAAAGCUGUGAGUGGUUAUAUUGCACAGGACUGUGAAACUAGUGAGGGUCAUUAAAAUAAUUCAAAUGAUGCUGGAGUUUUGUUUUCCUCCCUGCUACGUUAAGCAAACAGAUAAUGUCCCAGUUUCUAAAUCACUGAAACAAUUCCCGUUUUUAUUUCCAUAUUAAAUAUUAGAUUAGAUUACUUUGAUGGCACAAUAUGUUUCACAGACUACAAACAACAGGCAUAUUAUUAUUCCCAGUGUCGCUGACAUACUUGGUGCUAAGGUGUUGUGAACUCUGAUUUUAAUACUGCUGUCAUGAAAUGUUCAUGUGGCUUAAAAUAAAGGUGGAUCUGGUGUUUGAAUGUCUUAAUAUUUUUGAUUGAAUGUUUUUCAAAA